UAUUGUAUAAAAUUGUAACUAUAUCAAUUUGAAAAAAAUUCCUAUUGAAGGAAAGCUCUUUGUAUCGUCAUUAUUCUAUAUAUCGCGCGACGAACCCGCGUUGCGUUUCAGAGAAUCAAAGCGAUGAAUCUAAACGACGAGGCAUAUGAUUAACAUGUAUCAAUGUCCUUGUCUUUUAGAGUUGAGGGGGCGUGAAUCAUUAAUGAAUUAACUCAGUAACAGUGGGAGGUAGCAACCCUUCAACCGCUCCAGCCGCUCAAAUACUCAUUUCCUGCGUCAGUCAGCACUCUCUGGUCUACUGUGAAGUAUAGGAUGUUAGAGCCGACUCUAUUCGCAAAAAUCGAGAAAAUAUCAGAAUCAUUGUCAUAAAAAUUAGAGUUUCUGAUAGUUUCGCUAAAUAAUGGACAGCGACGGUAGUAACAGGCUCACUCUCGACGACAUCCGCGAAUUAAUUAUCGAAGAUGAGCCUGACGUGAAGAUUGAUAAUUUGGAAGAAGAACCAGGAUCAAGAAGAGGAGACAACUACACUUCGAUGUUGUAUCGAGUCCGAGCAAAGGGACGCAAGCUGUUAAAAAAUGAAGAAUGGAUUAAUUAUGAAUGUGCAAUCAUUUAUAAAAUACUGCCGGAAUCUAAGAAGCGUCGCGAGGCGUUCAAGAGCGAGUUGCUAUUCAGAAAUGAGGUCGUGUUUUAUAAGCAUGUAUGGCCUGCGCUGGAUAGGCUUCAAUCAAAUGGCAAAAGAGUAUUCAGUGGAGUACCUAAGAUAUAUGCCGCUAAAGCCAAUCUUAUCGCUAUGGAAGAUUUGCGGGAGAGAGGAUUUAAGAUGGCAGACAGACGAAAAGGAUUGGAAGUAGAGAAUUUGAAGCAUGUGCUAAAAGCCUUGGCAGGCUUUCACGCACUUAGUUUGACAUUAAAGGAAUGCAGGCCGGACGAGUUCGCGAAUUUAUCAAAUCCGCGACAUGAUCAAGGUAUACAAGAGACGUUAUUUCGACGGGAUAACGAAGAUUGGUACCGUCAGUAUUAUCGUGUGGCCGCGAAUAAUGCUAUCAUGAUGGUGUCUGAGGCACUUCCUCCGCACAUGGAUUAUAGAAGAGUGGAGGUAAUGACAAAGCUACAAGCUUUCCUAAACGAAGAUGUGUUUUUCCGUACUAUGAGCGAACUGAUCUCCACGCAAGGACCUCUCUCCGUAUUUUGUCACGGUGAUUGUUGGACCAAUAAUUUCCUCUUUCAGGAUAAACCAAGCUCAGAUACAGAGGCCGUUUAUCUAGUCGAUUUUCAACUGACGCGGGUCGGUUCACUCGCUCUUGAUCUUGCAAACUUGCUAUACUGCUGCACGAGUGGUGUUGUUAGGCGAGCUUAUAUGACACAGCUUCUUCAGCACUAUCAUUCCCAUCUGAUGUCCUCUUUGCGCGUUCUUAAUCCGGAACAGCCGCCGAAAGAUUCGUCUGUUAUGUGGAAAUUAUUGAAAGAAGAAAUGCGAAGAUGUGGACGGUUCGGUUUGGGAUUGGCGUUGGAUAUUUUACCGAUUAGCACAUGCGCUAGCGACGAGGCGCCGAAUCUAUACGAAAGUAGCGCAGAAACUAGCGAGGAGAAACAUAAUACUGCGGGAGCACCGCCACGCGGAGGUGCUGAGUGUGCUCGACUCAUGACUGACUUAGUGUUGGAAUUGAUAGACAACGAAGCUUUGUAGAUCAGGCAUCACAUUAUUCGACAACAUGUAUGUAAUAAUACAUAUGAUGUAUGUCACGUGUAUGUCUUUUAUAACUCUUACAAUAUAUCAUUGAAAAAGAAUAGUA